CUAGCCUCACACCAAUGUUAAAAUCACGCAUUAUCGCGUCUGUGUUUGAUAAGAAUUAUUAACACAGGCCUCCAGUGGUCUAAUAACGUCGGUAAGAUGAUAAGAGAGUAAAGUAGAAGUGCUAACUUUAAUUCAACGCACUUCUCUGAGUAACCACAAGAUGGCGGCGUUGCAGAAAUCAUCCUCGGACUGUGGUGCGUAUCAAAAGGAGGUGGGAUUUCCUCUCCUCAGCAGCAGCAGCAUCCUACUCCUCCUAGGGAUGUAUCGGCGUGCGGUGCACCUGUUUCAUGUUGUAUUUGGGUCACCGGCCUGUGAAAUGCAACGUUUUAACCCCUGUCACCAAUAACCAACGGGAAAGGCUCAAACGACCUGCUCGAUGUCAGCCGGGAAGCCCUGGUUCAGAGCCGAGUAGACAGAGGAUGUGUUGAUUUUUCUGUCGGGUGCAGCAGUGAGACAGCAUCUUUGCCGGUGACACAUCAUAAUCUGUACGAGUAGACGAGUCCAAUAGGAUACCAUGUCCGACAAAAGUGACCUAAAAGCAGAGUUGGAGCGCAAGAAGCAGCGCCUUGCCCAGAUAAGGGAAGAGAAAAAGAGGAAGGAGGAGGAGAGGAAGAAGAAAGAGGUAAGAAAAAAAUCGGAGAUCCAGCAGAAAACAGAGGCAACACCGGAAGAUUCAGACUUGGAUCGGAAGCGCAGGGAAACUGAGGCGCUGCUACAGAGUAUUGGCAUAUCACCGGAGCCUCCACUAGUCCCGACCCCUGUGUCCCCCUCCAAAUCUGUGAGCACGCCCAGUGAGACAGGCAGCCAGGACUCAGCUGAUGGAGGAGCCGCAGGCAGGUUUAGGUCAGGUUUCUCUAAAAACAAGUCACAAGCACAGAGCUCAAGGACGCUGCAGUGGGACACAGACCCUACUGUGCUGCAGCUGCAGGCGGAUUCUGAACUCGGGCGCAGAAUGCAGAGACUAGGGGCCUCCAAGAUCACACAAGUAGACUUCCUGCCCAAAGAGGUGGUCUCUUACAGCAAGGAGACGCAGACGCCACUCAACGCCCACCUGUCUGAAGUUGAAGAGGAAGAGGAGGAUGAGGAGAUGAUCGUGGCAAAGCCAGGCCCUGAGUCUGAGCAGCAGGACGAUGAUGACAACAAAGAAACCAAAGACGGCUCGUUUCCAGUGCUGCGGGAGCUCACAGAGGAGGAAAGGCAGCAGAUCCUGCACUCCUCUGAGUUUCAGAGUUUCUUCGACUGCAGUAUCCGAGUGAUGGAAAGAGCCCUGGCCGAAGACAGCGACAUCUUCUUUGACUAUAGCGGCCGGGACCUGGAGGACAAAGAGGGAGAUCUGGCUGGUGGCUCCAGUUUGUCCUUCAGUCGACUCUUCUAUGAUGAACACUGGUCCAAACACCGUGUUAUUACUUGUCUUGACUGGUCCCCUCAGUAUCCUGAGUUGCUUGUGGCCUCUUAUAACAAUAAUGAAGAUGCUCCACAUGAACCGGAUGGUGUUGCCCUAGUGUGGAACAUCAAGUUUAAGAAGGCCACACCGGAGUACAUCUUUCACUGUCAGUCUCCAGUGGUGUCUGUCGGCUUUGCCAGGUUCCAUCCCAACUUAGUGGUGGGGGGGACAUACUCUGGGCAGAUCGUCCUGUGGGACAACCGCAGUCACCGUCGGACCCCAGUUCAGAGGACUCCCCUGUCUGCAGCAGCUCAUACUCAUCCCGUCUACUGUGUUAACGUGGUUGGCACCCAGAACGCCAACAACCUGAUAACUGUGUCGACAGACGGCAGGAUGUGCUCCUGGAGUCUGGACAUGCUCUCACAGCCACAGGAGACGAUGGAACUUGUAUACAACAAAUCUAAACCAGUGGCUGUGACGGGCAUGGCCUUCCCCACAGGAGAUGUCAACAACUACGUGGUGGGGAGUGAGGAGGGAACCGUGUACACUGCGUCCAGACAUGGCAGUAAAGCCGGUAUCUGUGAGAUGUUCGAGGGACACCAGGGGCCGGUAACAGGCAUCAGCUGUCACAGCGCAGUUGGAACUGUCGACUUCUCCCACCUCUUCAUCACAUCCUCCUUCGACUGGACCGUCAAACUCUGGAGCACCAAGCACAACAAGCCUCUGUACUCUUUUGAAGACAACGCCGACUACGUGUAUGAUGUCAUGUGGUCACCCGUGCACCCCGCCAUCUUUGCCGCCGUGGAUGGCAUGGGCCGCCUGGACCUGUGGAACCUCAACAACGACACUGAGGUACCGACGGCAAGUGUGACCAUUGAGGGUGCGUCGGCUCUCAACAGGGUGCGCUGGUCAUCAGGAGGGAAGGAGGUUGCUGUGGGCGACUCGGAGGGCCGCGUCUGGGUAUACGAUACAGGAGAGCUGUCGGUUGCCCAUAGCGACGACUGGGCACGCUUCGCCCGUACCCUGAUGGAGAUCCGAGCCAACCGGGCGGACGGCGAGGAGGAGGGGCCUAUGGAGCUGGCUUCAUAGAACCGGAGCCCCGCCCACAGACCCGGGGGUCCGGGGUGCUUCUAUCGGUGUCACUGUAGCAUGUGCUUCACUCUGCUCAUUUCUACCACUUCAGUUUGGUCACCUUUAUGUACAGUACAUGUCCCUGUUUACGUUUUUUCUCGUAUUUUUGCAUAAUUCUGAAUAAUUCCUGCAGAACUGUUCAUCUUGACUAAAUCGUCCGGCCCUUAUUUAUUUAUUUAUUUACUUACUUACUUACUUGACUUAAGGUGAUGUGUUGCUUGCAACUUGUGAGCCUCCGGUGUAUACAGUGGCAGUCAGUCUUCUAGCCUUAUGAACAUAUGUGUACUGUAACAACGCUUUGCACUACUGUAAAAAGAACGCAGGGUCCAUAGAAUAGUCACGUAUUCUGUUUACACGAUACCACGUCCAUGUUGUGCUUCUUUUCUCUGUAUUCUGCCUGCAUGCCACACAUUCCUGAAUCCCAGACGCAGAAACGUGGAGUUAAUAUGGUGACGUCGCCACACGUGGGGGCCGGUGGCUGCUUUAUGUCAGUGUUUCAGAAACAUUCGGUGUGAGGAUGUGAUUUGGUCCGUCGUCUCCUGGUCUAAAUAAGAGCCCCUUCUGUAUAUUCUUUGAUGAACUGUAACAGUUAAGCAGAGGUAUAUUGUACUGCAGAGUGCUCGCUGUUCUACCUGCUAUGUUAACUAUUAAAGCAUAGCUCAGCAAAA